AUGCCCGUCUCUCGUGCUGAUGCAACAUGCUUGAACCGUAAUACGAAACAACGUCGUCUCGAACCAUUGGUCACCCUUGACUCUAGGGAUUACGGUAGUUGGCGUAAUGCUUCCAGCCCAUCAGCUUCUCCGAGUACCUCCAACAAAAGUCCACCGAGCUUUGAUGAAAUUGACAAGACCUUCGGAACCAAGAACCGCGAUCAAGGUUUUGAGUUGCUCAAAGCGCGCAUCGCAAAAGGAGAUCGUUCGGUUGAGGUUCUCUGGAGAAUGGCUCAAAUGAUGCAUGAACGAUCGGCCUGUAUGCCGAAGGCUCAGAGAAAAGCUGCCAUCGACGAUGGACUGAAAUUCGCGGAGGAGGCCGUUCAGAAAGACCCGAGUCACUUCAAAUCAUUGAAAUGGAAUGCAGUUUUGACUGGACAAGCCACGGAGUACAUGGCAACCAAAGAGAAAUUGGAGUGCAGUAAGAAAUUCAAGGAACUUUUGGAUAAGGCUCUCGCUAAGGAGCCAAAAGACACUGCACUUCUUCACUUACGUGGUCGUUACAAGUACUCGGUCGCUUCGUUGACUUGGCUUGAGAAGAAAUUGGCUUCCACUUUCUACCAACAGCCACCAUCUCAUUCUUAUGAAGAGGCGAAUGAGGACUUCUUGGCUGCGUAUAAAGUGAAUCCGAAGUGGAUGGAGAAUCUAUUCUACAUCGGAAAAUGCUACGUGGCAGUCAAGGAUAAGGCCAACGCCAAAAAAUAUCUCGGUGAGCUCAUCGACAUCGAACCGUAUUCUGAUGCCGAGCAGGAAUUCCUUGACGACGCCAAAGCGAUGCUCAACAAGUUGUAG